UGUCCUUGCCUGAUGCUGAGUUGGAGCAUGCUCACUCAGCCAUACUGUGUCCUCGGUGCGUGUAUUCCCUUUUGCGCAGGCGCAAUUCCUGCGGCUGCCCUUCAGGUCUCGGCAGCACUCAGGAUCGUGCCUGGGGAGUGAGGGAGCGUGGGGAUUCAGGGACGCUAGAUUGGCGGCUCAAGUGUAGGUGAGGACAGCAAGAAAUGAGGCCAACCCAGGCCUUGGAGUCCCACUGUAGCUGAGAGAGGCGGGGCCUGUGGAGGAAGGCGAGGCCUACCGGCACCGUGGGGCGGGGCUAGAAGAAAUCCGCAUUGCUGUGUAGCUUUUGGAGGAAGCUGAAGCUGGGACAAGGGGCGGGAUCUAAGGUGGGCAGGGCCGCCGGUCCCUGAGUCUUGCUUGGAGUUUGGAACUGAAGCAGUCCUCUGAGGAGCUCCUGGGCAGCGGAUCAACUCUUUCUUUGUACCCCCGGUGUGUGUGUGUGUGUGUGUGUGUGUGUGUGUGUGUGUGUGUGGUACCCCCGGUGUGUGUGUGUGUGUGUGUGUGUGUGUGUGUGGCUGACCUGCCUCGAGCAGCUCAGAAGAAGAGAUUCGUUAGACUGGGGCGCCUCUUUUGGAGAAGGUGCGGAUUCACUGAGGUCUGAGACUAUGAAGGUCAAAGUCAUCCCGGUACUUGAAGACAACUACAUGUACCUGAUAAUUGAGGAGCACACACGGGAGGCAGUGGCUGUGGACGUGGCUGUGCCCAAGAGGCUGCUGGACAUUGCAGGCCGCGAGGGGGUGUCUCUGACCACGGUGCUGACCACCCAUCACCACUGGGACCACACACGUGGAAAUGCGGAGCUGGUGCACCUGCGGCCAGGACUGGAAGUCAUGGGAGCUGAUGAGCGCAUCUGCGCACUAACCCGCAGGCUGGCACAUGGGGAGGAACUUCGGUUUGGGGCCAUCCACGUGCGAUGCCUCUUGACGCCGGGCCACACCACUGGUCACAUGAGCUACUUCCUGUGGGAGGAUGAGUGCCCGGACCCACCAGCCCUCUUCUCUGGGGAUGCUCUGUCAGUGGCAGGCUGUGGCUGGCAUCUGGAGGACACUGCCCAGCAGAUGUACCAGAGCUUGACCAAGAUCCUGGGUACCCUGCCACCCCAGACGAAGGUGUUCUGUGGUCAUGAGCAUACACUGAGCAACCUUGAGUUUGCGCAGAAAGUGGAGCCCCGCAACGGCCAUGUGCAAGCUAAGCUGUCCUGGGCCCAGAAGAGGGAUGACGAUGAUAUACCUACUGUGCCCUCCACACUGGGAGAGGAGCUCUUGUACAACCCUUUCUUGAGGGUGACAGAGGAUCCAGUUCGUGAGUUCACAGGCCAGGUGGCACCUGUCCAGGUCCUAGAGGUACUCUGCAGGGAGCGAGCACGCUUCCAGACUGCUUUGGAGCCACCGCAGCCCCAGGUCCGGGCACUCCUGGCCUUGCAGUGGGGACUUCUGAGUACACCCCAGGAGAAAUGAGCCACGUGGGAAGCCUGCUUGUCUCCACACUCCUUCUCCUGACUGUAAAUGACUUCAGUUCAGUUCCAGCCUCAACUUCAGGCUGACUGGAACCCUGACCUCUAGAACAUGCCUCUGAGGCCCUGCCACCCUGCUCUGAAGAACCAGCAAAUGGUGCUCUCCUUGUCUCUACUGCUCAUGGUGCCACACAAGCAGGGUCUCUGAAGGAACUCUUGUGGGCCCUGAGACAUGCAUGUCCUGGGGACUGAGAAGGGUGAAUAAAACUUUGAAAGGUUCA